AUGAUACAUUUAUUAGUUGGUUUAUUCAUUAUAAUACUAACAUAUCAAAGUAUAAAUACAUUGAUACCCCAUUACUUAUUAAUACCAAGUCAAGAUUGGAAACAAAAAAUAUCAAAAGUAAUUGAAUAUCCAAAACCAAUAUAUUUAAAAGUUGGUCAUAAAAGAUCAAGUUUCAGAAGACGAUUAAUACUAGCUAGUAAAUGUCCAAGUUUUUAUAAUAACUAUACAAAUAAUAAACUCAAAAUUUAUCCAGAUGAUUAUACUGCAGAUUUUAUAAAUGAAAUGAGAAGAAGAGAUUUGAAUGAUCCUAAUAGGAAAUUAUUAAUUGGAUUCUUUCAUCCAUAUGCAAAUAAUGGAGGUGGUGGUGAAAAAGUAUUAUGGCAAGCUAUAAAAGCAACUCAAUUGGCAAAUGAUAAAAAUAUAUGUGUUGUAUAUACUGUUAAUCAUGAAACUCCAAAAGAUAUAUUACAUAAAACUAAAGAAAAAUUUAACUUGGAAUUUGAUUCAUCUAGAAUUGUGUUUAUAUAUACUAGAAAGUUUAAUAAUUUAAUUGAUGGUAAGUACUGGAAAAAUUUUACAAUUAUUGGUCAGUUAUUGGGUACUGUUUUAUUAACUUUGGAAAGUAUCUUUGAAUUAAGUCCUGAUGUUUUUAUUGAUACUCAAGGUUUACCAAGUAGUUAUUUGGUAGUAUCAUGGAAUUUGAAAAUUCCAAUAAUGUCAUAUACUCAUUAUCCAAUAUUACAGCAAGAUAUGUUUAAUAAAUUAAAAGUUAAUUCACCGAAAAAUUUGAUAAAGUUUGCCUAUUGGAAAUUAUUGUACUAUUUUUAUGUUUAUUUGGGUACGAAGAUUGAUAUAACAUUAGCUAAUGGAACUUGGACUUAUAAUCAUUUAUGUAAGAUUUGGUCAUGGAAUAAAUAUUACAAGAAAAAAAUUGAAAUUUUAUAUCCACCAUGUGGUGAUUUCAUUGAUUCUACAUCAGACAAGAAAUUGAAUAGAUUGUUAUAUGUUGCUCAGUUUCGUCCUGAAAAACGUCACGAUUUAAUACUAAAAGAGUAUAAGAUAUAUUUACAAAAACAAUUUCCAAAUAUUGAUAAACCAACUGAUGAAAUACCAACUAUUGUAUUUGCAGGUUCAACUAAAAAUGACUUCACAACAUUAGAUUACCUCAAAAAGAAAGUUGAUGAAUUAGAAUUAUCACAGUUUGUUGAAUUCAUUGUUGACUCUUCAUAUAACAAAAUUAUUGAAUUGGUAUCUACAUGUAAAUUUGGAAUUAAUGGAAUGUGGAAUGAACAUUUUGGUAUUGGUGUAGUUGAAUAUUUAUCCAAAGGUUGUAUUCCAAUAGUACAUGCAUCUGCUGGGCCAUUAUUAGAUAUUGUUACAGGUGAAGAAAUUAAAGAUUGGUAUAAUGAAGCAGGUUUAUUCUUUAAAUGUUAUGAAGACCCAGAUUUUAAAGGAGUUGAAAAGGAUGGAUUUUUACAAUUUGACAACAAGUCAUAUCCUACAUUUAGUAAAUUACUUGAGUUGUUGAUUAUCGAAGACAUCAAUUUUGAUCAAAUUUCAUCUAAUGGUUUAAAAUUAGUUGAUAAAUUUUCCAAUAAACAAUUUAAUAUCAAAUGGAUUAAUUAUAUAAAUGAAUUAGAUGUAUUAGAAAAGAAGUAUAGAGAAGAAAGAAGAAGUAAAUUGGAACAAGUUUAUUAA